AUGAAACAUGGAGUAGUGGCUUAUGUGCCAACAGGUUCAGCAACUACUUUUGGAGUGUCAACAAAUACAAACACAUUGACAACAGUUCGUCAAAAUGUCCCCGUCCCUGUCCCUGUUGACAGACCAGUCCCAGUUGACCGACCCGUGCCAGUUCUUGUUAAGCAACCAGUGCCAUAUCCAGUAGUGAAAACAGUCACUGUUGACCGUCCCGUUACACAAUACGUCCCACAACCUUAUCCUGUUGUGAAGCAUGUUCCUUAUGAAGUAAAAGUGCCAGUGCCACAACCAUAUCCUGUCGAAGUUGUCAAGCAUAUUAAAGUGCCGGUUCAUGUUCCGCAACCUUAUCCAGUUAUCAAGAAAGUUCCAGUUCAUGUGCCUGUACCUCAACCAUAUCCAGUUGAAGUAAUUAAACAUGUGCCACAUGCAGUGCCUGCCCCAUAUCCAGUUCCAACGCCUGUCGACCGUCCAUAUCCAGUCCCUUAUCCAGUGCACGUUGAGAAACCAGUUUGGCCAUCAUUUUCAAUCCACAAAACAAUUCAUUACGAAAAGCCUUUCCAUUCAUUGAAAGCAAAGCUUUGGAAUGCAUGGUAAAUGAUGAAAUGAACCGUAACUGAAACAGCUUUCUCAUUAUGCUUACUCGAAUGUAAAAAGAGUAAGACAAAUUGAUUUGUGAUUAACUUUUAAUCAUGCCAGUUAAUGUAAAUAAAUUUGUCAAGUGAUAUAAAAUUUUUGAAACA